AUGGUUGACCGCUGCAAUGCCCAAGACAAGACCAUUAUCGAACAUGUCCAAAUCAUAGACCUUGAAAACGACGCACACCUUCCUAAAGGUAGGUGUAUCGAAGGUAUGCUCGCUGGCAAUGACAAUUGGCGUAGUCCCGAGGCACAUUUCAAGGGCGAGCUCAAUAAACCAACCGACAUGUUUUCCUUUGCCAUUGUAUGUAUCUAUGCAAUUCUUGGACCUGUAAUCUUUGGCCCCGACGACGAUUUUCGCAAACAUGAGGCGCAAGGCGUACUGCCUGCUCUGAUUUGCCUGCAACGUCAGGUUUCGUACUUUGGCGAUCAGGAGGGCCUCAAGGGGCUCAUGAAACAUACUGAUGAUGAUGAGGUUAGCUGCCAAGUGUUACAAAUGCUUUGGGAAGAAAGACAUGAGGAACACAUUCCAUACAAAUUAUUUAGUGAAUGGCCAGAUGUGUUUGAUCCAGUAUUCAAGGAUUUUAUCUUGGGUUUGACAAGCCUAGACCCUCACAAACGCCUCACAGCACGACAGGCGUUGGAUCAUCCCUGGUUAGCGAAUUUUUGA